AUGCAUCCCAAGACUCUGGCUAUUCUGUUCCUCUCGGCCCUGGCUGCUGCUGAGGUCGAAAAGAGACAGGGCGACUACGACGACUACUACAACAGCCUGAUGAGCCAGCUCAACAGCCUGGAGACCGACACCAACUAUAUGGACUACCUUACGGCCUACAGCAACCUCCCAACAGACUACAGCGCCUAUCUUCCUGAUCCCUCGGACUCGCCCAGCACUGGAUUGAACUUGGACUCCAACAACUUCCCUUCGAUGACCGCGGCUCCCAGCAUCAACAUGCCGUCUGGCCUAUCUGCCGACAUGCCUCCUCCCUCUAUCCAGUCGGUUCUCGUUACCGCUGUCCCCAUGUCCUUCCUCUCGCAGAUUGGCAACCCAUCGGCCCGCUCGUCCAUCUUCAGCGAGAUCCAUAACGGCCACUACCCCUCGUGGUACCAGGACCUGCCCAACAGCGUCAAGGAUUGGGUCUCCAGCCACUAUGCUACUGCUACUGGACCCAUGCCGACUGGAGUGACGUCCAGCGGCGGUUCCAGCUCUAACUCGAACUCUGGCAGCGGUGUACCCGGUGCUGCUGCUCCGUCUGGUGUGAUCGCCACUGGCCUCAUGGGUGCUGCUGCCAUCCUGGCGGUUGCGGUGAUGCUGUAG